AUGCGGUGCCCAAUCCCGCAACUUGUCUUGCACUCGUCUGGCUGCUGCAACACCUAUGUGCACUGGGGCCCCUCGUCUAAGCCCGGUAUUCCCCUGUUGCUGUGGAUCUGCAAUGGAGACCCUGCCUUUGCUGCUGUACUGGCUGCUGCUGUGCCAGGUCCCUCUGUGCCUCCUCCCUUGUCGUCUCUGCCUCUCUAUGCUCUCCCCCACCCACCUGCCUCCUCCCAUCCCCUCUCCCCAACCCCAAACCCCGCAGCACCCUCGCCCUAUCCCCCCCCUCCAUACCCUCCCCUCCUAAUCCCUGCGCUCCCGCCGUCGUGUCCCCCGCCACCUCCUCUCUCCCUCUCUCCCCGAACCAGCCCGCACCGAAGGGCUGGGUCGCCCCCUGGACCCGGAGCCCGACCUGCCCUUGCUGGCCAUCCCGCUGUUGCCCCUGCUGUCCCCUCUCCUCUACUCCACUCGCCGGCCUCUCCUGCCCCUGCUGAACCUCCUGUUGCUGGAUGUGCUGUCCUCUCUCCUCUCCUCCACCAACCUGCCCCUGCUGAACCUCCUGUUGCUGGCUGUGCUGUCCUCUCUCCUCUCCUCCACCAACCUGCCCCUCCUGCCAUUGCUGGCCAUGCUGUUGCUGUUGCUGCCGCUUCUGUUGCUGCUGCUACUGCUGCUGCUGCUGCUGCUGGUGCUGCUGCUGUAGCUGCUGCUGCUGCCGCUACUGUUGCUGCCGCUGCUGUCCUCUCUCCUCUCCCCUAG